UGCUUUAAAUCCAGUAAAAGCCUCACAGGGCUUUUGUGAUAAAAAAGAUUUGGCUUAGUGUAAUAAAAACACAAAAGAAUUUAUAGGAAUUAUAAAAUUAUUGACAAUUACAUUAUAAUUAAAUUUAUUUAAAAUUUAUUAUUAAAUUUAUUUAAAAUUUAUUAUUUUCAACUUUGUGGAAGUUCAGGCACAAGAAGAAGAUUUCUUAGGUCAGUUAGACAUUCAACGAGAAGACGAUACAGCUGCGUUAAUUAACAUGGAAGAACAUAGAACGCGCAUAUAAAGCAUCGUGUGAGUUGAUUGUUUCAUGCCUAGAAAGUGCAUCAUUGUUUCCUAGCAGUGCAAAACAAAUAGAAAAUGGACCAACAUAUUUGUCGAACAAAAUUGACAAAGGAAUACAGGAUGUAAUACUGCCGAGAAAGUAAGGAAUGGUGGCUGGGCCCUUUGAUAGUGGACAAUAAGCAUCGUUUUGGCAAAAUGGAAAUCAUAAAAGCCUUCCAAACUACUGAUGGUUAGACUACAUAAAGUCCUACAUGGCAUUCAAUCUACUCAAGGUUAGACUACAUUAAAAUUCACCAUGGCUUUUAACAGCAAGUCAUACAAAGAUCACUACAAGAAACUUUUGUUCCUACAAUCAGACAGAAAUGAAUUUUUUCGUGAAUGUGAGAAAGUUGUCAGCGUUGGGGAUGAAAUUAAAAUUUCGUUACUUAUUGAAGUUCUUCGAAAGGAAGGAAAGGUGAGAUUAUUAGCGAGCUACAAAGGUCAUGAGGGAGAAUCUAUUCUUCAUGUUGCUGCAAAAUACAACCGAUCAAGUAACAUUAUACAAACUUUGGUGAAAACGUGUCCAGAACUGUUGACUGCUGCAAGGAAAGAGUCACAAAACUAUUACGGGCAAACUGCGCUACACGUAGCCAUAGCAAAGGGAAAUGUCGAAGCAGUUGAAUUUAUGUUGUCGGAAGUUUAUAACCAAAGUCAAAGCCUUUGCACAGCUCUUCUGCAUCAAGGAGCAACUGGGAUGAAAUUCGCAAACACAGUGAUGAUGGGUGAACUUCCUUUGUCUGUAGCAGCCUUGACCUUCAACAUUGAAAUGCUAGAAAUUUUGUUAAAAAAUGGUGCCGAGAUGGAGCGUCAAAAUACAAAAGGUGAUACUGUCUUUCAUUCGCUCAUUCGAUUCGCUGCAAUUUAUCCGGAGCACACAGACAUGAUCAUUCAGAUCAUGACCUUUCUGCACGAAAAAAUCAAUGAAAAUAUUGAAAGUUUAAAUGUUCUUACGAUUGAUUAUGACCAAAGUGACAAAUGCUUUAUUUGGUUCAUUCCAAAUAACGAAGACCUGAAUCCAUUACAGCUAAGUGCCUCUUUGUCUCAAUCCCAAAUUUUUGAGUUCAUUCUCAAGUUGCCUAAGGUCUACUGCUUUCUCAACAACCAUGAUGGUUUAUUUGAUAGAAAAUCGUAUGAUAUCACAGAAAUUGAUACCAUAGCAACAGAAAACUGGGCUACGGAUCAGAAAAUGCGACAGAGUCGUAUAAAACGUCACAUCGCCCCUACGGUGGCAGAAGGUGUUUCGAAUCAUAAAUUCUCCAACAAGAAUACAGUGAGUACCUCACCAAUGCAAUGGUUAAGGAGAGAAAAACGAAAGUCCAUUCUCGAGACAAUGUUUGACAUCAAAAGCUCAGCAGCGUUCGAUUUCAUUAAACAACCGAUUGUGCGUCAUGUGAUCAAAACAAAAUGGCUGAAGUAUCGGAUAUAUUACUAUCUCUGGAUGUUGUUCCAUGUACUGUUUAUGAUAACAUUGACGAUCUAUGCUGUCUUUAGGGCAGAGGAAUAUGUUCAGAUCACACCAGAAGCUGACGAUUCAACUUCUACAACAACCAUGAUGACUAUGAAAGACGAUAGCACGAGGAAAAACUUUCUUGAAGGCUUCCUGUGGUUGUAUUUCAGUGUAGGACUCCUUUACUUCCUGUUUGAGCUGAUACAUGUGGUUUUCAGGAUAAAAACAUACGACCUAAUCCAAAUUUUAAACAUUUUGCAUAAUGGAAUGUACAGAAUCAUUCUGACGAUAUUUAGUGUGUGUCUUAUAAUUGACGUUAUACUUACCAAAGCUAUUCACAAGUACGAAAACCAUACUCUUAUCAUCUCUCUUAUUACUGGAUGGUGGUUUACAGUUUUCUUUUUUCGUGCCCACAAAAAAUUUAGUUUUUUCACUGUCAUGAUUCAGAAAAUAAUCUUCGGAGACAUGAUAAGAUUCUCACUCAUUAUAGUGCUCAUGCUUAUUGCCUUUACAGCAGCUAUAUACAUGACAUUCAAAGGAUCAGCGACACAAAACAAUGACUUGCUAUCAUUUGAGCACACCAUGAUGCUAUUAUUCAAACUUAUGCUCGGUCUUGGAGAUAUUGAAGAGCUUUACCAAGCUCGGAGACCUUGGAUUGCCGUUACGCUAUUUAUAGUGUUUGUGAUCCUUACUUACGUGCUUAUGUUAAAUGCACUUAUUGCGAUGAUGUCACAGACAUGCAACAUGGUGUCAGAAAAUCGACAUGUCCAAUGGCGGGUACAACAGCUGUCGAUUAUCCUGUUUUUCGAAGGAUUUUUACCGAGAUUCAUGACAAAACUUGUUGGGGAUGAAAAACGUGUGAAAAGGUUUGAUCCAAUGAUGAAACAAAUCAAUGAGGAAAAACGGUAUUUCUAUGACAUGAGUUCAUUACAAACAGAAUACGCUAGUGCCGAAGAUAUUUAUUCAGUUAGAAAGAGGAUACAAUAUACAGACUAUCAAAGGACAGAAUACUUUCAGCCAAGCUUUAUUGGGACUAGUCCAAUGACACAUUGUGGUAGAACACUAAGGAAUAACAAUCUGCCAUAUUCACCAAGCUCCCAAAUGCUAAGCCCAAUAUCAGAAAAUGACAAUUUAAAUUUACCCGCAACUUCCAAAGAACGUCCAACCAAUUAUGAUUCUAGUCCACAGACAAGGAGACGUAAAUCGAAACGUGAAAAAUCGCCCGCCGAUUUACCUGCUAAAACUGAAGAUGAACCUGACACGUCCCCAGAAAGAAAUCGUGAAAUUAGACAAAGUAAAAGAAGAUUUAAGAAAAAACGAGUUGAGCCAGAAGGUGAUUAUACAUCAUUAGAAGAACACAACAAGUUUUACUUAAAACAAGAACAUGUGACAAUGCCACAAGCACAGCCGCCAACUAAUUAUAUUCAGCCUCAUUUUGAAGAAGGUCUUUCUCCUAAGCCCGCCGGAAGCCCGAAUUUUCAAAGGGUUGAAAGACGACGACAUUAUUCAGAAAGUGGGCUCAUUGACACUCAUAUUGGCACUCCUAUUGGUGCUCCAAUGCAGCAGAAGUAUCCAAUCAGAGCAGUGCAACCUGCUACUAGCUCAGCCAAUCAGAAUGCAGGAGCAUUGGACAUUGGGGUCAUAGCAGAUAGUUAUAUGUAAAUCUUCACAGAAGCAAUCACCAAAUAUUUCUGGUUCUCUGCUGCGCUCUUCGUCCAUCAGAAAUGUGAACAGAAUUUUAUACUUGGGGAUGCUGGUGCUAUAGGGAUUCUGGCAUAGCCAAUCACAAUGCAGAUCAAGGGUAAAGGUCAUAGGGUUUAUUCUUGAGAUAGUUUAGUGUGAUUAUGCAUCAAAAGAGCAUCUUUUAUGAAAAUUUAAGAUGUAAAGAGAGCUAACUGAAGAUAACAAUUUUUCAAAUAAAUACAUUCAUGCAUUGUUUCCCUUAGAUUUAGAUGUAACAAGUUAAUGUUUAGAUAUAUCAUUCAAGAUCCAUUGAAAUAUACCAUCUCACUUACAUUUUUAUAGAAGUGAUCACAGAAAAAUUCCAAUUGUUUUUUUUUUUUACUUUUUCUGUUGACACGUUAUUACAUUAAAUAAACAUUAUUUUUGUAAUAUUUCAAUGAAGAUUAUGGUAUAUAUUGCAAAUUACUGUUUUCCUAAUGACUUUUGAUAUGAUUAAUUUAGAUGUAUGAUGAGGCUGACUUUUGUGUUAACAAUUUUAUGCUUUUAGCACUGGUAAAGGUUGUUGGUAUCUACCUACAAAAAUAAAUGGUUUGAUGUUAUGCUUUACCAUUUAUAUUGUGAAUGUAAAUACUAUCAAUCUUAAACUUGUUAGUGGUCUACAUAAUAUCGUGUAAACUACCCACUAACUAGACCAGCCAAUGUUUAUAUCUACCACUUCACCUGAUCAAUAAGGGCUGAGUGCUUAUUACUGAAAUAAAUGUAUUGGAAAAACUUAUUGGACAAAAUAUAAGUUGAACACUAAAUGCAGUUAUAUUCAAACAGAUAUAGAAGUGGAAGAGGUAGGAAGACAGAUAUUUUAUGAAAGAACCACUCUAAAAUUUACAAAUUGUACUUCUGACUCAGUAUUAAUUGAUAUUAUGCUUAUCCGUCCCAAUAUGUACUUAUUUUAAAUGUAUUUAAAUUGCAUUCAAUGACAAAAGAAUGUAGCCAUUUUCGGUUUUUAUUAUUUUCAUAAUGCUCUUUUUGUAUUAUGCAAGAAAAUAUUUUAAUGUGGUCAUUAUUUUUUAUUGCAAUAAGCAUUAUAUGAGCCGCAUUGUGCGAUUUUGGGCCUUCGGGCAUAAUUAUUAUAAAUGAAAUAAUCAUGAAUAAAAAGUGCCAUAUAUUGUGAUUUUUUCUAUGUUUAUCAAUUUCUUCCAAACUUCUUUCUUUUAAAGAUUUGUCAUUGGUGCAUCAUUUUCUGGACGAUUUAUGACCAUUGGCUUACUCAUGUUCCCAUAGCAACCAUGGAUUUCGUCCCGACAUAUUUUGACUGCAUUAAUAAUAUGUGUAUAAAACGGCUAAAUGUAUUAAAAAUACAAUUUUUUUUAUCUUAAUGUAUGUUCCUUAAAGAUUCUGUGUUAAGAAAAUCAUUUAAAUUUUAAGCUAGUAGUAAUAUUGAUACGUUAAUUUUGCACGCCAUUUGAAUAAUGUGCUUUCGUAACGACGUAAUGUGAAUGACGUCAAAUUUAGUAUUCAAAAUGCGCAAUACAUGGUCUCACUUAUAAACAGGUAUCUUACGCAAUUUAAAUGAUAUCAUCAUGAAAUUUUCAGAAUUUCUUCCUGAAAUAUCAUUUAAUUCAAAUACCUUAAAACAUAAUAAUAGCAAAUAUAUGUCCGAAGGCCCAAAAUCGCGCGAUGCCGCUCAUAUUGUCUUUAAUAUGGAUCAAUAUUUUUGCAUAACACUCAAUUCAAUGCAGUAAAAUUAUAUUUUCAGGGUAAAGAGCGUUAUUUUCAUCAUUCGAGAAUGUGUUAAAGUAAUAUUCCCUGUAAAGCGAUCAAGGUUUAAACUAUAUAUCAAAACAGACUUCUUUUUUUUUUUUUACAAACUGACAAUAACAACGGGUCGGCGCUUAUUUCUUAAGUAGGGUCGGGUAACCCGAACCAAAUGUAUUUUUUUAAGCCAAAGUAUUAUAUGAUUUCAUAUACCAAGCUGUUUGUUUCAGUGUAAGAUCGUUAGAGCUUUUUGAGUUCACUCUGUGAAAUAUAUUGCAAUCCUACACUGGAUCAAACAUUUUUCCUUGUUAUUUUAUGCCUCAAAAGGAUUUAAAAUGACAGUUUAAUGUAGUUUUUCAGAAAGGCGCACCAAAAUGAAUGCCUACAGGACAUUAUUUUGGAAAUUAAGUCAUUAAAAUUAUGUCCUGGCCCUGUGUGUGCUGACAUUUGAUUUGGAAGUGACAGAGGGCUGAAAUUUCAAAACAGUGAGAAAAAUUGACUUGUUAUUCCAUUGUUGGAAACCGAGAAAAUAUAAUAUUUAUUUCUUGGAUAAAUAUCUAAAAAUCACCAGAAAGCAUAUGAUAAAUAUGAAUAUGGUUGCCAUUGCUCACAUUUACUUCUUUUAUUUUAUUAUUUGCUUUCAAUUAGAAGUUUAUUGUUGAUAUUAAAGUAUUGA